AUCACUGCUUGUUAUACACAUUUUACUUCUGUAAAAAGUGAAAAGAGGAAAAUUCUUUGUUAAAUUAAAAAAAAAAUAUUUAGAAAAUAUCUGAAAAAUGCCGCGUGAUUAUGACCGUGAUUACACAAGUGAAGAUACUUCGGAUUAUAAACGUAAAAGGCGUAAUGAUGAGGAAAAUAUUAAAAACGAGCCAGGAGUUGAUGUUGAUGAAGCCCAGCAAACUGCUGUACAACACGAUGCCCCACCGCUGAAUGAGAAAACUGCAGCAUAUUUGGAGGAGUGUGUACAAGAAAAAAGCUUGCUGGACUCCAAUAAAUACAACGUAUGCAAAAGACUCUUGGACGACGAAAUUGAACGCAUCCUAAUUAGUGGCCGGAUACCGAAACCGGAAGUGUAUGCCAAUGUUUAUAAUGAAAAACCGAUACGUGUAGCUCAGAAAGUUCUGUUCCCCAUAAAGGAAUAUCCAAAAUUUAACUUUGUUGGCAAAAUAAUGGGACCGAAAGGAAAUACAUUGAGACAAUUACAAGAAGAAACUUUUUGUAAGAUGACAGUAUUGGGGCGAAAUUCCAUGCGAGACCAUGCCAAAGAAGAAGAACUCCGUAACUCGGGCAACCCAAAGUAUGCACAUUUGAGCAGAGAUCUACAUGUAGAGAUAUCUACUGUAGCUCCUCCAUCCGAAGCGUACCACCGGUUGGCAUAUGCUUUGGCAGAGAUACGCAAAUUCAUGAUUCCUGAUGCGAACGACAACAUACGGAUUGAACAAAUGCGCGAAUUGGACGGUAAAGACCGCAUGUAUAAAAAGUCUCAUUACGCGAAAGCGUAUGGAGACCACACAGCUGCAUACGGCAGCAGAACUCCACCACCGCCACCAUCAUUUGACAAGUCAGCUAAACCAAAAGUGUAUUCCAUAUUGGAGAAGGCCCGAUAUGUUAUGGAGGAUCCAAGUUACACUAUGAUAAAGUCCCAUAGGUCUCGAGAUCAUGAUAUAUAUGAUCAUCCAAGUGAGUAUGAUCGCUACGGAACACCACCUCCGCCAUCAUCUUCGAAGCACUCAAGUACGCAUCAUGCCCCCUAUGAGAGUUCAUCAUAUGAGCGUGAUUACCGUCGGGAUUACCAUCCUCACUCAUCCUCGUAUGCAGCAGCUGCUUAUGCAGCUAAAACAAGUAAUGGCCGUUCUUCGUCGUCUGCAUAUCGGCCAACAACAUCAACAUCACAUUCUUCAUCACACUAUGAGACAAGUGGAUCACGUUCCCGUGAAAGUGUGCGUUAUCGUUCAGCUCCCUACCCAAAAAUACGUUAACAUCAAAAAAUGAAAAUUGUACAACCUAAAACAAAAUGAAUUAAAAACAAAACCAAUUCUGUUUAAAAAAAGAAGCUGCAACCACAUACAUACAUGCAAUAUAUUGAUGGAUGUCGUCAAAUCUUAACAAAAAUAAUUACUAUAAUAACUAUAGUUACAUAUAAUUAUUACAAACUAAAAUACAUAUAAAGAAAACAAGUUUUAAUAAAAAGACAAAAGAAGAACAACAAAAUUAUUUUAAAUUUAUCAAUAUUACAAAACAAAAUAUAAAAUAAUGUUAAAGUAAAUAAAA